GGGCGUCGCUCGGCGGCGGGCGCGCAGCCCCCGCAGGAAGCGGCCCCGCGGCCCGGCCCCUCCCGCCGCUCGCAGCGGGCUCAUGCACUCGGCGGCUCCGCGGCGGCGCGGGCGGCGGGAUGGCUCCGGCUCCGGCUCCGGCCCCGGCCCCGGCGGCGGGCGCUGAGCCGCGGUCCCCCGCGCUGCUGCCGCUGCUGCUGCCGCUGCUGCCGCUGCUGCUGCCCGGCCGCGCCGCCGGCCUGGAGGUGCAGCGCAAGUUCCUCUCGCCCACCCCCACCAACAACUUCGCGCUGGACGGCCCCGGCUCCCGCGUCUACCUGGCGGCCGUCAACCGCCUGUUCCAGCUGUCGGGGGGCGAGCUGGCGCUGCAGGCGGAGGCGGCGGUGGGGCCGGUGCUGGACAGCCCCCUGUGCCACGCGCCGCAGCUGCCGCAGGCCUCCUGCGAGCACCCCAAGGUGCUCACCAACAACUACAACAAGAUCCUCCAGCCCGACCCCGAGCAGGGCGUCCUCGUCGUCUGCGGCUCCAUCUACCAGGGCCUGUGCCAGCUCCGCAGCAUGACCAACAUCUCGGCCGUGGCCGUGCGCUUCCCGCCGGGCGGCAGCGACGCGGUCACCGUGUUCCCCAGCAUGCUGAACGUGGCGGCCAACCACCCCAACGCCUCCACCGUGGGGCUGGUGCUGCGCCGCGGCGGCGGCGGCGGCGGGGCGCGGCUGCUGGUGGCCGCCACCUACACGGGCUUCGGCAGCCCCUUCUUCCCCCGCAACCGCAGCCUGGAGGACCACCGCUUCGAGAACACGCCCGAGAUCGCCAUCCGCGCGCUCAACGCCCGCGGCGACCUGGCCAAGCUCUUCACCUUCGACAUCAACCCGUCCGACGACAACAUCUUCAAGAUCAAGCAGGUCGCCAAGGCGCGCCACAAGCUCAGCUUCGUGCGCGCCUUCCUGCAGCGCGGCGCCGCGCCGCCCGCCCGCCGCCCCUACGCCUACCUGGCGCUCAACAGCGAGGCCAACGCGGGCGACAAGGAGAGCCCCUCGCACAGCCUGCUGGCCCGCAUCUGCCUGGGCGACGCGGCCGAGGCCACGCUCAACGGCAGCGGCGAGACCAAGAAGCUGACCGAGUCCUACAUCCAGCUGGGGCUGCGCUGCGGCGGCGCCGCCGACGCCUUCACCCGCCUCGUCUCCGUCUUCCCGGCGCGGGCGGCCUGGCGCAGCCCCUCGGGCCCGGCCGCGGCCCCGCCGCCCGAGGAGGAGCUGCUCUUCGGCGUCUUCGAGCGCGCCGGGCCGGGCGGCGGCGGCGGGCGGCCGCUCUCGGCGCUCUGCAUCUUCCGCUUCGCCGAGAUCGAGGAGACGAUCCGGGCGGCGCGCAACUCCUGCUUCGUCAGCCCCGCCGCCGGCAUGGUCACCGUGCUGGACAGCGUGGUGCAGGGCACCGGCCCCGCCUGCGAGAAGCGCAACAUCCAGCUGCAGCCGGAGCAGCUGGACUGCGGAGCAGCGCACCUGCAGCACCCGCUGGCCAUCGUGAACCCCAUCACCGCCACCCCCGUCUUCACUUACAACGGCCUCACCGCGGUGGCGGUCGCCAGCGUCAAUAACUACACCGUGGUGUUCCUGGGCACCGCCAGCGGAGGACUCCUGAAGAUUAACCUGGAUAGCGCCAUGAAGGUUGUCAGCAGGAGAUCCAUUUCGGUGGCUUACGGAGAGCCUGUCCACCCCAUCAUGCAGUUCGAUCCUUCUGAUUCCACCUUCCUCUAUCUGAUGACGUCCUAUCAGAUGACGCGAGUGAAGGUGGCUGUCUGCAACCAGUAUUCAACAUGUGCAGAGUGCCUGGCUGCAGCCGACGCUUACUGCGGGUGGUGCACGAUGGAGACUAGGUGUUCUCUGCAGCAUGAAUGUACGAACUUCACAGAGACCAAUUUCUGGGCGAGCGCAAGUGAAGGAGUGCAGCAGUGCCCUUCCAUGACCAUCCUGGAGCCUGAGAUUAAUAUCGAAAAAGAGAAACCGGCCCUGAUAAUACAAAUAAAUGGGACUAUUCCAAACCUAAAUGGAACAAACAUUUCAUGUGAUUAUGGAAAUAAUAUCCACACGGUAGCGAGAGUUGCGGGAGAUUAUGCAAACCAAUUUAUUUAUUGCAGUUUACUUCCACGUGAGAAAUAUCCAGCAUUUCCAGACAACCAAGACCACGUGAUUGUUGAAACUGCUCUCCGGGUCAACAGCAAAAAUAUAAUCCGGGCCAAUUUCACCAUCUAUGAUUGCAAAAGAACUGGAAACAUUUACCCAAAGAGAGCGUGCACCAGCUGCCUCUCAACCAAGUGGAAGUGUUACUGGUGCCCCUCCACGUACAUGUGUGUCUCCAACCGCUCACAGUGUGAGGACACGCUGCAGAUGAAGAAGAAAAUUGACUGUCCACGGAUUGUACCUGUCUCUUUGGACCCAAUGCCCACAGGAACUUCUCGGGACAUUACGAUCUCACUGGCUAAUGCAACUUUCUCGAAGGAGACAGCCCUGGAGUGCCAUUUUGGGACAGACAGGACGUUCGAGGCCCGCUGGGUGAAUUCCUCUGCCGUGGAGUGCGUCCACGUGCUGCUCCACACAUCAGAAAAAAGCCAUCUCUUCCCAGUAAACCUUCAGCUGAAGGACAGACCAGACAGAUUUAUCGACAGUCCAGAGAUGAUGACAGUGGAGGUGUACAACUGUGGGACUGGAAGUGCUGACUGCUCGCAGUGCCUGGGCAGAGAGGACCUGGGACACCGCUGUGUCUGGAGCGAGAGCAGCUCCAGCUGCAGGCUAAGCACGGAGUUCCCCCAGAUCUCAGACAUGUGCCCAGCUCCCGAGAUUAAGAAGAUUGAGCCACUGCGUGGGCCGCUGGAGGGGGGUACCCUGCUGACCAUCCGAGGGAGGAACCUGGGCCGCCGCUUCAGCGACAUCCGCGGCGCUGUCAGGAUAGGGAGCGUGCCCUGCGCGCCGCUGCCGCACAGAUACGUCGUCUCUGAGGCGAUCGUGUGCCAGACCGGAGAGGCUCUGGAGGUGUUUUCCGAUGUGGUAACUGUUAACGUCAGCCGGGAAGGAAAGUCCAAGGAGAGAUACUCCUACGUGCUUCCUGUGGUGCAGUCCAUAGCUCCCCCGAACGGCCCGAAGGCUGGAGGAACCAGAGUGACCAUCAGAGGCAGCAGGCUGGACGUUGGCUCUGAGCUCCGCGUCCUUGUCAACGGCUCCAGGCAGUGCACGGACCUCAGCCGCAACGACAGCACCAUCACCUGCACCAUGCCGUCUGCCGAGCUCACCACGGCUGUGAGAGUCUGCGUCCAGUUCGAGAACAGGUCUUGUGCCAGCUACAACAUCACGUUCAAGUAUGAGAAGAACCCUAUUAUAACCGACAUCAACCCCAAAAAGAGCCAGAUCAGUGGGGGCAGGAUCAUCACCCUGGAAGGAAGAGGCUUUGAGCUCGUCCAGAACGUGUCCAUGAUGGUCCGUGGCAUUGGCAGAGAGCAAACGAGCUGUAAGGUUCACAACGACACUGUGAUCACCUGCCCCUCUCCUGCUGCCUCCAACAUUACUGCGGGGAGCAAGCCUGCACCCGUUGAUUUCUAUCUCAAUGGUCGCCUCUACACGGAUGACCGCCCAGCUCUGGAUGAGGAGAUGUACCCAGAGGAGGCCCUGCACAUCAGCAAGUUCAGCCUGGAGUACUAUGCUGACCCCCAGUUCUUCACAGCCAAGAAGGAGAAGUGGAUUAAGCACCACCCUGGCGAGCCCUUGACGCUGGUUAUACACAAAGAGCCUGACAACCUGGGCCUGGAAAGCAAUGAGUACCAAGUGAAAAUUGGUCUAAUCUCAUGCGAGAUCCAGAUUGUUUCAGACAAAGUCAUUCACUGCUCUGUAAAUGAGUCCCUGAGCACCUCGGAAAGACAGCUACCAGUGACGAUCCAAGUUGGAAAGUUCAACUACACAAUUGCAAUGCUGCACCUCGGGGGAGGAGAGACUGCAAUCAUCGUCUCCAUUGUCAUCUGCAGCAUCUUGCUGGUUCUCUCGGUCGUAGCUCUCUUUGUGUUUUGCACGAAGAGCCGCAGAGCAGAGCGCUACUGGCAGAAAACCCUGCUCCAGAUGGAGGAGAUGGAGUCACAGAUCCGGGAGGAAAUUCGCAAAGGUUUUGCUGAGCUGCAGACAGACAUGACAGACCUGACCAAGGAGCUGAACCGCAGCCAAGGGAUCCCGUUCCUAGAGUACAAGCACUUUGUCACUCGGACCUUCUUUCCCAAAUGUUCCUCGCUGUAUGAGGAGUGCUACAUUCUGCCUUCCCAGCAGCUCAGCUCCCAGGUGGGGUCCCAGGUCCAAGAAACUCACCCGCUCCUGGUGGGGGAAUGGAAAAUCCCUGAAAACUGCAGGCCUAAUAUGGAAGAAGGAAUAUCACUGUUCUCCACCUUGCUCAAUAACAAGCACUUUCUCAUCGUUUUUGUCCAUGCUCUUGAGCAACAGAAGGACUUCGCUGUGAGAGACAGGUGUAACUUGGCCUCUCUGCUUACUAUUGCGCUGCAUGGGAAACUGGAAUAUUACACCAGCAUCAUGAAGGACCUCCUGGUGGAUCUAAUUGAUGCUUCAGCUUCCAAAAAUCCCAAGCUGAUGCUGAGGAGAACUGAAUCUGUAGUGGAGAAGAUGCUCACCAACUGGAUGUCCAUCUGCAUGUACAGCUAUCUCAGAGAGACAGUUGGCGAGCCAUUCUUCCUGUUAAUCUGUGCCAUCAAGCAGCAGAUUAACAAAGGCUCUAUCGAUGCCAUCACGGGGAAAGCCAGGUACACCCUCAACGAGGAGUGGCUCCUGCGGGAAAACAUUGAGGCGAAGCCGAGGAACCUCAACGUCUCUUUCCAAGGCUGUGGGAUGGACUCCCUGAGCGUCAGGGCCAUGGACACAGACACACUCAGCCAAGUGAAAGAGAAGAUCCUGGAGGCCUUCUGCAAGAACGUCCCCUACUCCCAGUGGCCGAGGGUGGAAGACGUUGACCUUGAGUGGUUUGCCACCAGCACCGACAGCUACAUCCUGCGGGACCUCGACGACACCUCGGUGGUGGAGGAUGGCAGGAAGAAGCUCAACACAUUAGCACAUUACAAGAUCCCCGAAGGGGCGUCACUGGCCAUGAGCUUGUCGGACAAGAAGGAUGCCACGCUGAGCAGAGUGAAGGAUCUGGACACUGAGAAGUACUUCCAUUUAGUUCUUCCAACUGAUGAAUCAGUUGAACAUAAGAAGUCCCACAGACAGAGCCAUAGGAAGAAAGUCCUACCGGAGAUCUACCUGACCAGGCUGCUCUCUACAAAGGGCACACUGCAGAAGUUCCUGGACGACUUGUUCAAAGCCAUUCUCAGUAUCCGAGAUGACAAGCCGCCUGUGGCCGUGAAGUAUUUCUUUGACUUCCUAGAGGAGCAAGCAGAGAAAAGAGGGAUCACCGAUCCUGACACUAUGCACAUCUGGAAGACCAACAGCCUACCUCUGAGGUUUUGGGUCAACAUCCUGAAGAACCCCCAGUUUGUCUUUGACAUUGACAAGACAGACCACAUUGACGCCUGUCUCUCUGUGAUAGCCCAGGCCUUCAUCGACGCCUGCUCCCUGUCUGACCUGCAGCUGGGCAAGGACUCCCCGACCAAUAAACUACUUUACGCCAAGGAGAUCCCGGAGUACAGGAAGAUCGUGCAGCGAUACUACAAGCAAAUCCACGACAUGCCGCCGCUCAGCGAGCAGGAGAUGAACGCGCACCUUGCAGAGGAGUCCCGGAAAUAUCGGAACGAAUUCAACACCAAUGUUGCCAUGGCUGAGAUAUACAAAUAUGCCAAGAGAUACCGCUCCCAGAUCGUGGCUGCCCUGGACGCCAACCCCACGACGAAGCGCACCCAGCUCCAGCACAAGUUUGAGCAAGUGAUUGCGCUCAUGGAGGACAACAUCUACGAGUGCUGCAGCGAAGCCUAGGCUGACUGCAGCCUGGGAAGUGACCUCUAGAGUGCACUGCUGUAGGGAACCUCCUUUGACCGUGGAUAUACGUUGGGCCACAUCCGUCAGGGUCAUUCUCAAACCAGCCUUGUGGCAGGGGUGAGCCUGGCCUGCGGCUGAAGUGCUCCCUCACGUAACAAGAAGCCACAAGACACCUUUAUGAGCAGCUAGAAAACCCUCCGAUCGGCACUGUGGCACCCAUAAUUUAUUUGCUGUUGCAAGCCAGAAAUGGAAACAUGACACUUGUGGCAAGCUCAGUUCACCACUUCCCUCUAAUCAGCUCCUGAGCAGUCGUCAGCUCCCUGCAUCCCCGUUUGUGAUUCCUCAAGGACAAGAGACCAGGCUGCAGAAGCCAUAACAACAGAUGCAAAGCUAAAGGGUAGCCUAAGGGAGUAAUGAGCAGAGAUGGCAAAGGCUAUCAGAGCAAUGGCAGAGCUCCCUUCCCUCCACACCAUCCCUCUGACAUCCAUGGUUUUCUGACACCAGGGACUAUCAAUCGUUCACUAUCUGCUGCAUUCUGUGUAUUUUUGUGCCUUUUAAUUUUUGUACUGUAUGUGUAAACAUAACCACUCCUUCUUCUGAGAUUUGGGCAACACAGGAAACUCGGGGCUGAUACAAAGCAGUUGCUUCCUAAGUAGCUAAGGCAUGCUGAAAGCACUUUAUCUCCUAACAGAAACAGCUGUUUGCUAGCUGGAGGGAGUGCAUUGCAUGUUAGUGUGGGAAAGGCUCUUCCCCCUUCCCCAGGUUCCCAGACCUGUCUGCACAGCGGAGUGGAGUUUGCAGGAGGGUAGGCAAAUAUCCACUAACGAUUCACCCUUCAGCCAGCUGGUCACAAGCAUCAUUUCUGCCUGGGAGAAGACUAGAUGUAAGUGGGUGAAGGGAAGGACUUCUGCCUCUUGCUCUGCUCUUCCAGCCUGACUGGCUGCGCACAGCUAUGGCGCUUACUUAAGCUCAUGUCUACAGUCCCCUGGCAGAGCAGAACUGAGCCGCACCCAGGACAGCAUCCAGGUAGCAUCUUCCCUCCCUUUGCCACACACACUCCAGUAUCUCCCUGUAAUCACCACCUGAAACAUGUCAGUGCUACAGAGGUGUAUUCCCAAAGCAGCUUGUUCUGCUUGCCUCGGACACAGUACAUGGUUAUCAAAGAGCAACCAAGAGAGCAGUUUUGCUACGUGUUCUGUCUUUUUUUUCAGUCCAUAAAGGCAAGGGACUAAACCUCAGCCCCAUGACAGCACGAUGUUUUUGCUCACACAAGCCAGCAGAGCAGGUCACAUGUAACACAAGCCGCAAACAAAAGUAGAAAGUGUCACGCUCCUGGUUACACUGGUGUCAGCAAACAGGGUCUUGCUGCAGAGACAAAUAGAACUUGUUCAAGACCAGAAACUUCACUGCCAUCAUGCGGGAUCUGUGCUGGGGCAGACCCGCCCCAUCCCAGCCUGGUGGCACACUUUCCUUUCUGCUAGCAACUUCUUUUCUGCAGCCAGGGGAGCUGUGACCACUCCAAUCUUCUCCAGCAUCAUUCAGGCCCCUCUUUAAAGGCUGGACCACACGUGUGAAGCCAGCAUUCCCAUGCAGGCAAAGGCAACCUGCCCAUGAAAGCUAAACCCAGCUGUAGUUAGGCACCAUGUUUUCAAACUGCCAAAUAGAAAAAGAAAAAAAAGUUACUACCUCACUCCAGGCAGGGUCUUAAGGUGAGCCUCCGUUACUCAUCCAGCUGGCAAGGAUGCAACCUGGUAUUAGAUGACCUUGGUCCACCAGAACUCCUCCUGGGUGACUCACUGCCAUGGACAGGUGGCCCCCAUCCCCUCAUUUCCAGUAAUGCCACAUUUGUUAGAAAUUUGAACAUCAGAUUGUGUAUGUGUAUAUAGAUAUCUAUUUUAAAACAAAUGAUAGAAUUUAUCCAGUAUGUUAAAAGGGGGUAGGGAGGGGAGGGAAAGGGGAAGAACAGAUUUUUUUUGUUGUUUGUUUUUUUUAAAAAAAGAAACUACAGAAAAAGUACAUACACUGUGGAGGUUUCAAUGUUUUUGCUGAGGAUGUGGCUUCAGAAUAGAAACUAAGAAUGUAGCUGGGCUACAUUUUAUUUUGAAACUGAUUUCACAAAAAAAAAAUCUUGAUUUUUUUUUUCUCUAGAAACUGUGAAUAGUUACCAGAGAUAUAGGCAGGCCCAGCACAGGGAAGGCAAGGGUGAGAAGGAUCUCACCAGAGAGCAUGGAGCUUGAGAACGUGGAGCAGAGAACGUGGAGCUUGGCUGGAGGUGGAAAAAGGGCCAUGGAGCAGUAGCCCCAUGCUACAAGAAAAGGAUACAGAUGAGCCAGUAAUGAGUAUAGUUUGCCUCCAGAUGAUGUGACUGGGCUGCAUUUUGGGGCCUAUUGCUUUAUUUAAUUUUUUCCAAAGCAAAAAAAAAAAAUAUGAAAAAAAUGAAAAAAAGUAGUUGCUACAACCAUUUUAAAGAAACAACUUUAACAGAGCAGAUGCUUGAGGGUUUGUAGUGUUGCCUUGAACCCGAGCCCUUUGUAACAUGUUUUUAAACUUUGGCAUGUGUUGUGGGUGUAGUGCCCUUACCUGCUGUGUAGUGGAAGUGGCAGACUCUUGGAAAAGCCUAUCUUUGUAAUAAAACAAGGUGCUGAAACCCUG